AGGAAGUAAAUCCAGUCCAAAAAGUCUCUGGGCUGAGCGUAAAAAACACAGUCAGCUGUGUGAUCGGAGUUUCCCUCAGAAACACUAAUGUAUUCUGUCCCGGGCUGUCUGACGGACAAAACUGUCCCAGCCCAAGUAUGGCCCACUCUGCAGCAGGCCUACAGACCCCAUCUGAGGAUGAGUGUACCAUCUGUAGGAGCACCCUGACGGACCCACAUCACCCUGAUGCCUGUUCUCAUGCGUUCUGCCGCCCAUGUCUGACCCGUUCUCUAAUGUGGUUACCCCACUGCCCUGUGUGCAGAGCUGAGGCGCAGGUUGAUGACAUCAGGCCUGUCAGAGUCAAGACAGGGACCAUGGUCGUGAGGUUGGGUCAACCUCUACCUGGCUUGUCGGGGCGUUCCACCCCAGCAACAAGAUCUGUGGCAGGUGACGUCCAGAGCUAUAUCAGACUGCUCCAAAUGGGCACUCAGACAGAAGGAAGGAGCCUGGCCAAUCAGAUCCCAGCUGUCACCACAGCCCCUCCCCUUCCCACUCCAAGAUCCCUCCACAGACCAGUCUCUUCCUCCAUCACUCCUCCUGCCCCAACCAAUGAUGUAGACCUAUAUAUGUCUAUGACUCGUAGACCCGCCCCAACACUCACCCCAACAGCUGGCACUACUGCACCUACCACCCAAUCUGCCACCCCACCUACCACCCGAUCUGCCACCCCACCUACCACCCAAUCUGCCACCCCACCUACAAUUACUCGUCUUGCCACAACCAAUGGUUUAUACAUGACUAUGGCUCAAAUACCUGCCACCACAGUCACUCCAACAGGUGCCACAACUACACCAGCACCUACAACCACAACUACCAUACCUGCCAUCACACUGACACCUACCAUCACAUCUAAACCCACCCCCACACCCCGCACCAGGGCUCUCACCGCCCCAGGACAACAGCCCUUGGCCAUCCCUCAGCACACACCUUCCGCAGCUCAAAGACCCACCUCCAUGCCCUCUACCUCUAACCGUGCUCCCCCAGUACUGGCUGCUCCUCCAUCCCUCUCCUUCACGGAUGAUGGUGACUUGUAUGAAAACUUGCUGAGCUUGCAAGGCCAGUUAGUGAGUUCUGUGGUGAGGAGGACGUUUGUCUGUCCGUUCUGCCAAGAGAGUGGUCUGGAUGAGAGGGAUCUGUGGGUUCACUGCAAUGGCAAGCAUUACUAUGACAACAGGCCUGUGGUGUGUCCAGUGUGCGUCUCUCUGCCUCACGGUAAUCCACAUCAAAUUAGCAGGAACUUCAUCAUACAUCUGAACCUGAGACACCGCUACUAUGCCGAGAAAUACACGAACACCCAUCAAACCGACAUGUUGAACUUGCAAGAUGCCGUUAUUGAGUCUCUCCGGGAUGCCAACCUGAAUCCCAGAUGAUCUUUAUCGAUAUCAGACACAACAUCAGUAAUCUAGUAAUAUGGCAAUAACACACUCAUCAUGAUUUGUAUAUUUUGAUGCUAAAGCUGCUCACAGAAGCAUUUGUAAAAAUGGCAAUGUUGUCGAACGUUGAUUGUUGCAGCUGUUCUUUUCUUUCUUUUGAAUGUAUAAAAUCAUGCCCUGUUUACUGCA